GGUGUGCCGGAAUGGUGCCAUUAGAGGAGUCGCUGUGGGGAGUUGAGGCGGAGGGAGCAGGAAGUAGCCGAGGACAUUAGGACACGGAGUGAGGUGAUGAAGAAGAAAAAGUGCUCAUUAAUGUGAAAGUGAUCCUUGGAGAGGAGUAAUUAUGAUCUUAAAGAGGACACGGAGACUUUAAGCCGGACGCGCUUUCUGUCCCUUUACAGGCCGGAAACUUUCAGUUCUGCUUCACCGGGCUGAGAGGAGCUUCAGCAGAACCACAGCGGGCUGAGAGGAGCUUCAGCAGAGCCACAGCGGGCUGAGAGGAGCUUCAGCAGAGCCACAGUGCGGAGCGGCUCCGGCUCUCAGCGGGCUGAGAGGAACUGAAAACUCCCUGUGCUGAAGGGGGAGCUGCCACACACACCCCGGCCCACACGCCACCUGGAGUAGACUGAUCCACCCGGGGAACCUCCGCAACGCCUUUAGGGAGGAGAGAGAGAGAGAGAGAGAGAGAGAGAGUGUGCUGACCGUUCUACUGUAAUCUCCACUGUACAAAGAUGGAUUUGGAGGAGAAAAACAUGCCGUCAGUGACGGAGAAGACGUCGCUCAAGCUGUCUCGCGUGCCUCGAUCACCAGAUGAAAAUAUACAACAGAGAGGUGGCUGGGAGAUCAUGGAAAGCCUGCGGGAGCCAAAGGGCAACUUACAGAAACCAAGCAAGCAAGAAGGCUUCCUGCUGAAGAGGAGAAAGUGGCCAAUGAAAGGCUGGCACAAGAGAUAUUUUCUUUUGGAAAGGGGGAUCCUAAUGUACGGCAAAACAGUAACUGAUCUGAAAAAGGGGAAACUCCGCGGACGCAUCGACAUUGGCCUGUCCGUCAUGUCCAUCAAGAAGAAGACCAUGUGCAUCGAUCUGGACGCAGAUGACAGCAUUUAUCACUUAAAGAUAAAGUCGCAGGACCAGUUUGACGAAUGGGUAUCGCAGCUCCGGAAUCACCGCGUGUUCCGGCAGAAUGAGAUCAUAAUGGAUCCUCAAGAGCGCCAUCUACACUCCGACUCAGCCUCACUCAGAAGGCGAGCUGUUCUCUCUAAACAACAUUCUAUCCUGUCAAAGAACAGUUGCCUACAGCUCUCUGAAGACAUGAAGAAAUGCUGUAGAGAUCUGUCCGAGUGUGAAUCAUCUCUGCUAGAACUCAAUCUGCUCUUGAAGAACAUGGAAGUACUGCAUCGCACGUUUUCUGCCCCUGCUAUAAACAUGAUGCAGACUGAAGGUUCCAAGAAAGAAAAGAAAGGAGCAAGGAGAUGGAAGUCCAAAAAUCAGAGGAAAAAUAGCAAGAGCGGCAUGCAGGCUUCUGGCUCAAUUUCACCGACUCCUCUGCAUGUUUCAAGCCCAAACCUGACAUAUUGUGAACCUUGCUGUCCGGAGUCACCCUUCGACACGCCAGACUCGCCCGUUGAUGCCUCGCGGUUACAGGAGGACUUCUGUCAUUUGGCCAGUAAUGUGUGUGCCACCUUGAAAUCUACAUACACCUCUCUGUGUACAGAGAGAGACCGAGUUAGAUGCACUCUGGAAUUAAAGAGCAUUCCUGAUGAGGACAAGGCUGAAGGACCUCAACACCUCCUGCAGCAGGUGUCCAAUGAAAUGCGAGGCUCAAUCCCUGAGUCACUGUCAGAGUUUUUUGAUGCGAAGGAGUACCUGCUUUCUUCCAGCUCCUCUGAGAAUGAGGCCUCUGAUAAUGACUCCUGCUUAAGUGAUGUGAGUGAUGUUUCAGUGGAGCUCUGCAGCAGUGAGGGAGGGAUUGAGAAGGACAUCACAGAUGGAAGCAAGGCACAACGCCGUUUAAGGCUGCCGAGUACGUGUGUCAGCGGGGGUGUGGAUAUGUGGAGCAUUCUCUCUGCGAACAUCGGGAAGGACCUCUCCAAGGUGUCCAUGCCAGUGCAGCUCAAUGAGCCGGUCAACACGCUGCAGAGACUCUGCGAGGAGCUGGAGUACUGCCACCUGCUGGACACAGCUGCACACACACAGGACCCACAUAUGCGUAUGGUGUACGUUGCAGCAUUUGCAGUGUCGAUGUAUGCAUGUACGUUUACCAGGGCAGGGAAAAAACCCUUUAACCCUGUACUGGGAGAGACGUACGAGUGUGAGCAUCCAGACAAGGGCUUCUGCUUCAUCGCGGAGCAGGUAAGCCACCACCCUCCUGUGUCUGCAUGCCACUGUGAGUCCAAAAACUUCACACUUUGGCAGGAUGUCCGAUGGAAGAACAAAUUUUGGGGCAGGUCCAUGGAGAUUGUCCCCGUGGGAACCACCCACAUCGUGUUGCCAAGUUUUGGGGAUCAUUACGAGCUGAAUAGGGUCACGUCCUGCAUCCAUAACAUCCUCAGUGGUCAGCGUUGGAUAGAACAUUAUGGUGAGAUGACGAUCAAAAACACAGCAGCUACAGAAGACACCAGCUUCUGCAAAGUUACAUUCUUCAAGUCCAAGUCUAGAAGCUUAAAUACUAAUGAUGUAGAAGUGGUGGUGACUGAUUUGGAGGGACACGUUGUUCACUCACUCUUCGGUAAAUGGAGCGAGGCCUUGUAUCUCGGGGACCCGCCCUCAGCCAUCUGCAUCUGGAGAGCCAACCCAAUGCCCGAGGACUAUGAGCAAUACUAUGGCUUCACCCAAUUUACUGUUGAAUUGAAUGAGCUGAAUGAGAGUAUGCGUCCAUUCUUACCCCCAACAGAUACGCGUUUCAGACCAGACCAGAGGUUGCUGGAGGAAGGAGAUAUUUCUGGAGCAGAAGAACAGAAAGAAAGGAUCGAGUCACUGCAGAGGGAGAGAAGGAGAAUACUACAGGAGAACAACAUGACUCACACACCCCGGUUUUUCAAGCGGUCUGAAGAUGACUCAUGGAUCAGCAAUGGCACGUACUGGGCGGUGAGGGAGGAUCCUGGCUUCAGCAGACUGGACUUCCCUGUGCUCUGGUGACCAGACUGGGACUUUCCCAGCGUUACUGUGCUUUAGACCAGAUUAGUUUUUUUCUGCUACAGAGUGAACGGUGGGCUGAUACUUUCGCUGAUGAGCUUUGAUUGGCUUUUUUAAAUAAAUAAUAAUAUGUGCCCAUUUACUUUGCACAAAUUGCCUUAUAUCAAAAAUCAUACUGUUUUUCUGUAAAAUUAUUGGGCCUUUUUUUCCCUGGAUGCAGGCAUUUUUAUAUAAUUUUUCAGUCGUUAGAACAAGUUUAUUGGUGCUGUGGGUUCCUAAUGGGGAAAACUGUUGCUCAGUGAUAUUGCUGGAUAAACUGCUAAAAAUCUAGUCAAAGAUGCUCUGUACUUUCAUAAUACAGUGAUUUUUACAUAUUUCACCAGUCAUGUCUCACUUGACUUACCAAUGAGGUAAUAUGUGAUACAGAUGUGAACUUUGUUAUGCUGAAAAUCAGUGUGUGUGAGGUCUAUGGGUGAAGGUAACAGGAGAACAAAACACACGAACACAGUGGAGCAAUAAAAAUGCACUGUGUGUUUCUCUGUU